AUGGGAAUGCUUGAUGGUCUGAAAGUUUUCAGCGGGUUACAGUCACUGGUCGGAAUGGGCGUCGCAACGAUCAGAAUGGUCGCUGCAGUGCUCACCGUUCUUGGUGUUUGGAUUCAUCUGGACACGCUCAACUACCUCUCGCAGCAGAGCCGGACCGACCCACGUGACUACGCAAAAGACGGCUAUGUUCCUCGGGAAAAUCGUCGUCCAGCGCUGCUUCAAACUCAAAACAUCGCGAACUUUGUUCCAACCACGGUUCCGGAGGCGAUCGUUCCUGACGUUGUCGAGUCUUAUCAAGAUGAUCUUCCAGUAGAACAAGGCCAAAGCGAUGGACCGAUUCACAGGACAGACCCGAAUCGAUUCUUCAUCCCUUUUCUCUCAAUGGGCCCGAAUAAUCAGCUCGAAGGCUUCCUCGAGUCGGUUUUUCUCGCCAUAAAACUCAACAGAACAAUGUGCAUUCCUCCCUUUUUCCGCCACAAAACCGACGAAGCCCUUUCCAGCUCAAUUUCGGCAGAUCUCCGAAUCAAUCGAAAGAAGUUGUCUGAGUUCGUCACUUUUUGCGACACAGAACAAAUUCAAGAAAAAUGCCCAAAACUGGACACAGUUUGGUGGGGUUCGAAUCCCAAAACCCUUACCUGUGGCAUUUCGCUUCAGAAGAGAUACAAGACGUUCCAGAUGCUGACGGGACUGGAGAACUGGUAUUCGACGACUGUCUGCAAAGUCUUCGAGGACAUCCCCACUUAUCCUGCCGACUUGACUGGAAAGUUUCAAGUCCGGUCUACAGCUGCCGUCGAUCUAGUCGAAACCUUCAACGAUCAGAAUUCCGGCGCCUGUGUUUUGUGGUUUAUGCCAUUUCAUACAAUCUCAAAUUUCCGAAGCGCGGUCAUGAGCCACUUGUUGCAUAAAAACGACGGUGGGGACAGACAAUUGGCGAUGGAUAUUGUCAAAUACGUUCAGCGCCCGGAAGCAUUCCAAAAUGUCGUGAAGAAAUUCAUCGCAGAAAAAGCCGCAGGAAAGCCGCUGAUUUCAGUCCACUGGAGAUACGACCAGCGUGAUUGGUUGCUCCACUGCGAUCGACUUCCAGAUGGUCAAGCAGAUAAGAGCUGCCGAAACGUGGCGCAAAUGCUGGAGAACCCCGAGCUGGCUGCAGAUAAUUUCCGAAUCUUCCUCCGCGGAGUUCGGAACGCUCUCAAACAGGACAUGAUUGUAUAUAUUGCGGCGCCGAUGGACGAACAGAUCAUGAGGAGCAAGCUGAUUGAUGCGAUUAAGGAAGUUGGGCUUACUUCUUUGUCCAGCGUUGAUCUUUUGCCGUAUUUGGAAGAAACGGGAAUCCGAAAAAGUGAUAUCCACGAUGUCCUCUCGACUUCAGAGCAAGAGCUUUGCUUCCAAUCGGACGUCUUUUUAUACUCACAAAUCUCCACUUGGAGCUUCAAUUUAGUCUAUCAACGAAGAGUUAACAACAAAAACUCAAUAGAUAAUUUUUACGUCUUUGGAGGACAAGCUGUCGCGGCGGCCACGCAUCAAGCCGUGGAAAACUUCAAACGAACCGAUCACGUAAUUGCCAAUUGA